AUGUCGGAGUCGACUAGAGCAAGGGUCAGCACAGAGGUGUCCAUAUCUCACCAACGACGCGCAAGCGUAAGCCCUGAACAGCCGUUGGCCGCUCUUACCGCUGGGAAACAUGAAUCUGACACUGUUCGCAUCGACGACUCAGAGAAAGAGCGAAACUAUCCUCACGGUCUCACCUUGUCUUUGCUUAUGGGAGCGCUAUGUCUUUCUGUAUUCCUGGUCGCGCUCGAUACGACCAUUAGUGGCAACCAUGUAGCCACCGCGACUCCGAGGAUAACAGACGAGUUUCACUCCCUUGACGACCUGGUCUGGUACGGAAGCGUCUAUCCUCUUGCAACCGCUUCUACUCAACUCCUCUUCGGUAAGUUCUACACCUUUCUAUCCAUCAAAUGGGUCUACAUCGCUGCUAUUGCAAUAUUCGAAAUUGGUUCUGCAGUUUGUGGCGCAGCGCCGACAUCGAAGGCGCUGAUCGUGGGCCGUGCUCUUGCAGGUGUUGGCUCAGCGGGCAUAUUCUCUGGCGCGUUGAUCAUAAUUGCUCAUUCGGUUCCACUCGCAAAACGGCCCAUCUACACCGGUCUCAUUGGAGCUAUGUUUGGUAUAGCUAGCGUCGCUGGACCACUUCUUGGCGGAGUUUUCACCGAUAAGGUCUCUUGGAGAUGGUGCUUCUACAUAAAUCUUCCCAUCGGGGCUAUCACCCUCGCUUUAGUUGUCUUCCUCUUCCAAAUGCCCCCGAACGCAAAGCACGAACCGAAUACAAUCACCCUACGCGCUCGUAUCGCCCAUUUUGACCCCCUUGGCACAAUCAUCUUCAUACCUGCCAUCGUGAGCCUUCUACUCGCGAUGCAAUGGGGUGGUUCAACCUAUGCUUGGAACAAUCCACGAAUAAUUGGCCUCUUUGUCACCUUCGGAAUUCUCGUCCUUGCGUUUGGGGCUGUCCAAAUAUGGAUGGGCUCUAACGCAACUGUUCCUCUCCACGUUUUCAGACGACGAUCGGUUUGGUCUGGCGCUUACUUCUCCCUUUGCCUUAACGGCGGCUUCUUUCUGCUGGUGUUCUACCUCCCGAUUUGGUUCCAGGCAAUCAAGAACGUUUCUGCAGUCAAAUCAGGCAUCUCCACAGUCCCAAUGAUCCUCUCCCUCGUCAUCGGUGCCUUUCUCUCCGGCGCCAUUGUGACCGUUACCGGUCUCUACGCGCCAUGGAUGUGGGUUUCUACUGCGCUGAUGACCAUCGGUGCCGGCCUCAUCUCCACAUUCUCUGUAACGACCCCACAUCCAAGAUGGAUCGGUUACCAGGUUAUUUACGGGCUCGGGGUUGGGUUCGGCAUGCAGCAGCCGUUAAUUGCUGUUCAGGCCGUACUCCCACUAGAGGACAUCCCCACUGGUACUUCAGUGGUGAUGUUUCUUCAAACGCUUGGAAGCGCUCUUUUUAUUUCUGUUGGGACUAACGUCUUCACCACGAAUCUGGUUUCAGGAAUAACUCGCUCUGUUCCAGGCAUCUCGCCGCUUGCAGUUGUCUCUGCAGGUGCAACAGAUCUACGACACAUCGUCGAUCCCCGUUAUUUACCUGCCGUGCUUGAGGUCUACAAUCACGCCUUGACAAAAGCAUUUGAGGUCUCAAUUGUGCUGGGUGGACUGUCGUUGUUUGGCGCAGCAUUGAUGGAGUGGAGAAAUAUAAAACGAACACAGAUUUCGGUGGCAGCUUGA